AACUCUAGUAGGUCUGAGCAAGUCCGGAAAAAUAUAUUUCCAGCUGAUCAACAGGCGUCAAAACAACUCCCUGGUAUCUACUACCAAUCAAUAUCUGUUGGAUAAUUUGAGAUUGUGGUGUUUAUUCUAACUAGGACUAGUGCAACCACUCUCUAUCGGUUAAAUAAAUAAAACUUGUGUUGGCGAGAUAACAAAAGUGCAGCAUAUAACAUUCAAAAUGGCCUCUAAUUUAAGUGUUGAAGAAUUGUGGAAAAGAUUACAGGAUGCAAACAAGAGUAAAUCCUUGUUAAAAAAACAUUUAACACCAAAUAUAUAUAAUGAAUUGAAGAAUGUGAAAAGUAAAUUUGGAGGAACCUUAGCAGACUGUAUUCGAUCAGGAUGUAUGAACCCAGAGAGUGGUGUUGGAAUCUAUGCAUCUGAUCCUGAUGCCUACACAACUUUUGCUGCCAUUCUUGAUCCAGUUAUCAAGGAUUAUCACAAAGUUGAUGUUUUGAAGCAUCCCAAACCAGAUUUUGGCGACAUCAACAAUCUUGGAUUUGGUGAUUUAGAUCCUAGUAAGGAGAUGAUUGUUUCGACCAGAGUUCGAGUUGGUAGAAGUCAUGCUAGCUAUGGUUUCCCACCAGUUAUUACAAAACAGGAUCGAAUUGAUAUGGAGAAGAAGACUGUCAAUUGUUUAAGUAAAUUAGAGGGUGAAUUGGCUGGUGAAUAUUUCCCAUUGACUGGUAUGACCAAAGAAACUCAGAAGAAACUCACUGAUGAUCAUUUUCUGUUCAAUGACAGUGAUAGAUUUUUACGGGAAGCUGGAGGCUACAAUGAUUGGCCAAUUGGACGUGGUAUUUACUUCAACCAUGCUAAAAAUUUCUUGGUCUGGGUUAAUGAAGAGGAUCAUCUGCGAUUUAUUUCAAUGCAGAAAGGUGGUAAUUUAGGAGAAGUUUACAGCCGUUUAGUAAAGGCUGUCAAAGCUUUAGAGAAGAGUGGAUUGGAAUUUGCCAGGAAAGAAAACCUAGGCUAUCUUACAUUCUGUCCAAGUAAUUUAGGAACCACUCUGAGAGCUUCAGUACAUAUCAAGAUACCAAAGCUAUCUGCUUCUCCUGAAUUCAAGGCUUUCUGUGAUAGAUAUCAUAUCCAAGCUAGAGGUAUCCAUGGUGAACAUACAGAAUCUGUUGGUGGUGUUUAUGAUAUCUCUAACAAGAGAAGAUUGGGUCUGACUGAAAUUCAGGCUGUUCAAGAAAUGAGAAGAGGUGUAGAAGCUGUCAUUGACAGAGAAAAGGAAUUAUCUCAUAAAAAGAAGAAGUUCCCAUUCUCUUUAUUUUCCAAAUAGACUGAGAAAAUGAGGCCUUUGACAAACUACAUUAAUCUAAUUACUGAAUUUAAUAUUUUUUCUUUCGAAAUUUGCUUAUAGAGAAAUGUAUAAAUGAAAUUAAAAACAAGAACAUACUAUUGUAAUGUCUUACUACAAUAUCAAGUCUAACUAUUAUCAAAUGCCAAAGAAACUUUCUUCUGAAUAAUUUUUUACGCAAGAUCAUAUGAUGAAUGUGUAAUAGCAACUCAAACUCUACUUAAAACACUGUAUACUCCGCUAAGUGUGUGUUAGUGUGUGGAUGAAUAGUAAAGUGUGAUACUAUUAUAUGAUUACUAUAUAACUUUGAUUGGUGAAUAAAUUAGAUAGCAAAAUAUACUAUAAAGUAUACUGAGUCUUUGAUCCUUAGAACAAUGAUUACACCAAUACAUGAUUAAAUCUGGAGUCAAAUAAAGUAACUUUACAAACAU